GAAACUCCUCCCACUCCGGCUCCCCGUCACUUCUCCCAGCUGGCGGUAAACAAACGGACCCUCCUGGAACCAGCUUCCUGGUUCUGCUGCCACCGGAAGCUCAGAAAACCGGAGAAGCUCGGCAGGGUGGAGACAUGUCCUCAGACCAGCAGCCGCCGCUCACUGCACUGAUGCCCAGCGAGCUGACCCCAGCCGACCCGUCGGACCCGUCGGACCCGUUGGACCUCGCCCUGGACCCAGACACCGCCAACAGCUGGCUCCUCGUGUCUCCGGACCUGCGCAGGGUGACGGUUUCGGGCCGGUACCAGAACUACCCGCAGAACCCGCAGCGGUUCAACGCGGAGCUGCAGGUUCUGAGCCGGGCGGCGCUGACGGGUCGCCAUGGCUUCGAUGUGGACUGGAUGAGCGCCGACAACCGGGCCGCCGUCGGCGUCGCUCUGGCGUACGAAAGCGUUCCCAGGAAGGGAGCGGGCCGGGCCGCGUUCGGGCGGAACCGGGCGUCCUGGUUCUUCGCAGCAGAGGGAGAUGUUCUGACUGCGUGGCACGGCGGGGAGAAGUGGACCUAUGAUGUUCCUGAUGACGGCUAUGAGCGGGUCCGGGUCCGUUUGGACCACGCUGGGGGGGUUCUGUCCUUCUUCCUGCUGACUGAAACCGGGCCGAGUCACGUUCACACUUUCAGAACCGAGUUCACCGAGGCGCUCUAUCCGGGUCUCUGCGCUCGCUCCACCGCCAGCUACGCUGGGUUCUGCUGAGGCCCACCGGGUCAGAACCAGAACCCCUGAGUGAGCAGAAACCAAGUCUUGUUCCAGGAAGAAGCGGACCGGUUCUGAACAAUGACCCGAGUUAAAGCGGAUCCAGAUGAGGCCGGAAACCGUCAACAUCAGAACCGGGUCUUGUUGCUGUUUAUUUCCGGAUGGGGGCGGGGCUUAUUUUCAUCUAAAUUACCAGUUUAUUUAAUGAUUGCCAUAAGCAGUUAUAAUAAUUAUGAAUUAUUACAGACUCCUACUAAAUCAUCCAAACUUUCAGCGGUGUGUUUAACGUCCCAGUUAAAGCUCUGGUUUCCAGGCAGCCGUUCCCAGUUGGAAGAUCCGAGACACUGAAGACAGAAGUCAACUCAACAUCACUCACUAAACUUUAAUAUUUUGAGGAGAAACUGCAUUCAACAACCAAUCACAUGGCAGAAUAAAGACGAAGGGACCUCUUGGCUGCUCAGGUCUCUGUGUGGCGGUGGGUUCAAAGUUCAUGCAAGACAAAACAUUGUGCACAACUAAAGGUGGAGGAGGAAUCACUCAGGGAAGUCAGCAGCCCUCUGCAGACACAUCCAGAGGCUUUCUGUCCAAACCGGGCCGGACGCCGGGCCUGAAG